UUCAUGAUUCAAAAGUCAAAUAACCGCUCCAACAUUGAUCAUCAACCUUGUCAAGAUUCUGAUGCAGGCAUCAAGCAACGGGGACAAUGGUGGGCCGAAAGCAUUAUUCCCUUGAAGUAGUACAACACCCUAUGCGUGCCCGUAUGUGCGGUUUUGGUGAUGAAGAUCGCAGGCCACGGCAUACCCAGCCACUCUCAAGCUCGUACGCUACAAGCAAGAAGACCCUCUGCUUGAAUCGUGCUUGCUAUUGGACCUGCUUUUGAUCCUUAUUUGAAUAUGACUAUGGACGGUAAUGAUGCGAUCUUCUAGUUGUAUCUUGCCUUCCUGCGCCGAUUUACAUCUCUAUUAUUUCUACGACAUGCACAUUUGUAGUAGACACAGCU